GUGUGGCGCGCGGAAGUGGCGCAAGUCGAGCGGCCAUUCGCUGGAGCGGGAAUCGGGGGCGAGCCGAAAAAUGAGUAAAUCAUUGACUCCAAAAUCCUACAUACGCCACUUGAACCGUGGGCUCAUCCAAGAACUGUCAGACAUGCUGGAUCCACAAGAUGGGUGGAAGAAACUAGCAGCAAACAUAAAAAAGCCUACCGGAGAGCCAAGAUACAGCCAGUUACAUAUAAGGAGAUUUGAAGGAAUUUGUAUGGGCAAAAGUCCUACUGCAGAACUUCUGUUUGACUGGGGAACAACUAAUGCCACAGUCCAUGACUUUGUGGAAAUCCUGAUUCAAAAUCAUUUUCUAGCUGCAGCUAGCUUGCUGCUUCCAGAAAGAGUACCAUUGGCUAUACCAUCUUGCUCAUUAGCUGAAAAAAUUGACAUCUCUAUUUGUGACUCUGCAUAUAAGCCAAUGCUACAGAUCUCCAAUAAGGAAACUGCCUGUCACUAUCCAGACAGCAGCACUGAGAAAGAGACUGUCUUACUGGGGAACAGUUCAACUCCACCGGUGAACAGUUCAACUCCACCAUGUCCAUCUUAUAAUUGCUCAGAAACUAAUCUUCACAAUUUCAGCUAUUAUGAGUUGAUGCAGAGGACUGGUAACUUUGAUGACCGUCCAGUAGUGGGCGGUGGCAGUAAGAUUGGUGAGGGAGGGUUUGGAGUUGUCUACAGAGGCUACAUAAAUAGCAGAAUGGUGGCUGUGAAAAAAUUGACAGCAGCACUUGAUCAGCAUAAUGUCAGUAUGGGAGAGUUGAAACUUCAGUUCAGUCAAGAAAUUAAAACUUUGGCAAAACUUCAACAUGAAAACCUGGUUGAGUUACUUGGUUUUUCCAAUGAUGGGGAACACCCCUGCCUGGUAUAUGCCUACAUGCCUAAUGGGUCAUUAUUAGACAGAUUAGCAUGCCUGGAUAACACAGCUCCACUUUCUUGGAAUGCAAGAUGCAGUAUUGCUCAGGGUACAGCAAAUGGAUUAAAAUAUUUGCAUGAAAAUAAUCAUAUCCAUCGUGAUGUUAAAAGUGCAAAUAUCUUGUUGGAUGCUAUAUUUGUUCCUAAGAUUUCAGACUUUGGACUUACUCGAGCAUCAUCACAUUUAACACAAACAAUGUUAACUGAGAAAAUUGUGGGCACUACUGCAUACAUGGCUCCAGAGGCAAUGCGUGGGGAAAUUACAUCAAAGUCAGAUGUUUUUAGCUUUGGCAUAGUCUUACUAGAAAUAAUUUCAGGACUUCCACCAGUUGAUGAACAUCGUGAUCCCCAAUUAUUGCUUGAUAUCAAAGAAGAAAUUGAUGAUGAAGAAAUGUCUGUUGAAGAUUAUAUUGACAAAAAGAUGGAGCAUUGGGACUCUGUGGCAAUUGAGAAAAUGUAUUUAAUUGCAAGUCAUUGUUUAAAUGAAAAGAAGAAUAAGAGACCAGAUAUUACAACGGUAUAUGAUUCAUUACAAGAGAUCCCUUCAGUUGUUUCGAAAUGAGCUGAAGCUUGGACCCUCUGAAACUGCUUGCAACAAACGUGUUAUUCAGCGCGCAGUACAAACUUUGCACCUUGUUAGCUACAGUAUUCUGGAGUAAACGUGUGUGUGUGUGUGUGUUUAUUUGUUGUAGGUCCACAUAUUCUUUGUAUCAUAUCUUAACAAUUCAGGCAUGCAUCUUGACAUCAUCGCGAUGUUUCGUUCAACGGGUGCGCGCCAGAGUCAGCUGCGCGCCCGCCCACCGAUAAUUGAUAGGCCUAUUAAGGCCAUUAACGAAUUAAUUAAAGUUUACGGUUGGCGGGCAGGUGAAAAGGCCAA